ACAAGCUUUAAAGACAAAACUCUGCUCUUCAGCUAGAUUGAUUUUGGUGCGAACUGAUAACUGCCUUGAGUCUACUGAGACCCAAUAACAAAAUUUGAAGCAGUUUUCAACGCACAUUACCAUGAAGUUUCUUGUCACCUUAGUGUUCAUAGCAGCCUUAUAUUUUUGUGCAGAAAGCACCACAUAUCCAAAUCACUUGACCCUAAAAGAAAACGUUUUUGAUGUGCACUGGUAUGUCAACACAACUGAAGAUAGAUUUUAUUUCAAAGUUGUCGCCAACACCACUGGUUGGGUAGGUUUGGCGUUCACAACCUAUGAAGGUGGAGAGGGUAUGAAAGACUACGACAUUGCUUUGGGAGGCGUGAGGAAGGAGAACGAAACGUAUUUGAAGGACUACUGGUCUACUUCAGAAGUAAAGCCAAUAUUAGACAGCUCCCAAGACCUGAUGCUCACCAGUGCUAUGGAAUCUAAUGGGAAAACUACAAUCGAGUUUAACCGCAAAGCAGACACUGGGGAUGCGGCAGACACACCCUUGAAGAUGAACAACUCAAUAUUCCUGGCUUAGGCAAUCGGCAGAGAAGACGCUACUGAUGACAAUACUUACAACCAGCAAUUAAAUAAACAGCAAGGGGGAAGAGGGCAUACUAAUGAAGGCUACAACAUGUACACUGC